AUGGACCCACAAGCAACCGCCCCACCGGCCACCGAUGCGGCCUCCUACCUCGACUUGGGCAUCACACUCGCCCUGAACAACUGGCCCUCACUUACACUCGCCGUGCAAUCAAACUGGGGCGGUCCGACCUCAGAUGACAAGCGCGCUUGGCUCUGCGGAGCUAUCUCCGAGAUGCUGGUCGAUCGACCCGAAACCGACGCUGAGGAUAUUGAGGACGUGCUGAUCCAGGUCAUGAAUGAUGAAUUUGACGUUGUGAUCGAUGAUGAGAGCGCUGGCAAUGUCGCGGUUCAGAUUAUGGAGUUCAAGGAGCAGACUGAGGCUGGACAAUUCAGCGCUAUUCGGGAGAUGUGGGAAGCGUGGCAGCAGAAGAGUCAGCAGAGGUCUGCGGCGGCCAACAUGUUCAAGCAGGUUGAGUCUAGGGAUGAAGAUCAGGAGACCGAUGACGACAGUGAUGAAGAUGCUAUGGAUGUGGAGAUGGGAGAUGCUCCGGCUUUGGUGAGAGCGCCGAGGGAGAAAGCCGAGCCCGAGAUCGAUGACGAUGGAUUUACCAAGGUUGUGGGAAGGAAGCGGUAA